AUGAAUCACUUUAACACUGACCAUAACUUAUCCAUCAUCGAAGAUCUCUUGACCUCCUCCUCCUUUUCCGAUUUGUGGCCGCCAUUACCUCCGGCGAAUCUAAACUUAGACGAUAAUACUCUCCAGAAGCGGUUACAAGCUGUGCUAAACGGGACACACGAGGCUUGGACUUACGUCAUUUUCUGGAAACCGUCGUACUACGAAUUUUCCGGCGAAUCGGUGCUUAUAUGGGGCGACGGAAUUCACAAAGACGACGACGUGAAAAGUCGCCGGAGAAAAAAAACUAUGGCUGAGAAAGAGCACCGGAGCAAGGUUUUAAGGGAGCUUAACUCGAUGAUCUCCGGCGAAGCUUUUCCGGUGGUUGGCGGCGAUGACGACGAUGAUGAUGGUGACGUGGAAGUGACGGAUACGGAAUGGUAUUUCUUGGUUUCGAUGACGUGCAGCUUUUGUAUUGGAUCCGGGUUAGCGGGUAAGGCUUUUGCUACGUAUAACCCGGUUUGGGUUACCGGGUCUGAUGACAUUAACGGGUCGGGUUGUGACCGGGCUAAGCAAGGUGGGGGUUUAGGGUUGGAAACCAUCGUAUGUAUUCCUUUGGAUAACGGAGUGUUGGAGCUUGGAUCCACGGUGGAGAUCCGACAACACUCGGAUCUUCUUAACAAGAUCCGAUUCCUCUUUAAUUUCAAAGGAUCCGAUGAUUUUCCCGGAGCUCCGAAUUCGAAAUCCAAGCUUUUCUCAACUCAGGUAGCGAAGGUUAGUUUGAGAACCGUAACGGAUAACCCGAAUCCGACUUAUCCCAAGAUCCAGAAAAGUUUUUCCCCCGAAUUGAAUUUCUCGAUGGUGACUCCUAAUUCGUCGACGGGAGCUCUUUCCGGCGAAAUACUGAAUUUCGGUGACGAUGUUAAGCGGAAUCCCGGAAUUCUGAAUUGUACUUCUUAUCCCGGUCAGAUACAGAAUGACGACGGUGAUCUCUUAGCCGCCGUCAAAAAAAUCGACGAUUCCGAUCAAUCCAACAUCAAUGCCACGGUGGUUUGUGAAAACAAACGGCAAAGCAAACGCGGGAGAAAACCGGCAAACGGUAGAAAAGAGCCGAUGAAUCAUGUCGAAGCGGAGCGGUUGAGACGCGAUAAGCUAAACCAGCGAUUCUACGCGUUAAGAGCGGUUGUGCCAAACGUGUCUAAGAUGGACAAAGCAUCGUUGCUAGGAGACGCGGUUUGUUACAUCAACGAGCUGAAAUCGAGAGCGGAAAACGCCGAAAUGGAGAAAAUCGCGAUUGAAAUUCAACUCCAAAAACUCAAGGAGGAGAUCUCUGGAUGCAACGCGAUUUCUAGCGUUUGUGCUGAUGGUAAAAACGCAUCGAAGAUUGGGACGGCGAAGAUUGAUGUGAAGGUUAUGGGUUGCGACGCGAUGAUUAGAGUGGAAUCGAGCAAGAGAAAUCAUCCUGGAGCGAGAUUAAUGAAUGCGUUUAUGGAUUUGGAAUUAGAAGUUAAUCACGCAAGCGUUUCAGUGAUUAACGAUCUUAUGGUUCAACAAGCGACUGUGAAGAUGGUAUUAAAAUUCUACACGGAAGAGCAGCUUCGGGUUAUGUUGAUAUCAAAAAUUAUUUAG